AAAAAGCACCAUUCGCCAGACCGUCUUAGGAUACCAUCGCUCUAGGCUGCUGGGCUUAAAGAAGGACUUGUACUCAGCCGGAAGUUUUCGUUUAAAAAACAAACAAACAAAACAAAACAAAACAAGGCCAUCAUGCUUAGGGUUUCCUUUUUGUGUUUGCUGUAUUUGUUGCUCUUUGGAACAGCCGAGGCCAACUGGGGCGACGGAAGUCGGGAUCCUGAUCACUCGCACUUGGGGUUCGUCGCGGUGAACAUGAUUUGUAACGACAACAGAUCUGCCUGCGGCCAUUGCUACUCUGCUCGUAGCCACGGUCUGGUGUAUCUAAGUACGAUGUGUUUGAGUACACUUCAGCGCCUUACCAAUUUGAAGCGAGCAUCCAAGACGGCGUCCAGGAUUGGUACUGGACGUUCGUCCAAGACGAUCCAUCGGAGCCCUUCCGUGUCUGCAAAGAAGUCCAGGUGUCCUCCACCCCAGAGCUGCCGCUGCCCAUGCGCGCCGCCCUCUGCAUGGACAACGACUUCAGCGCCCUCAGCGUGCCAGGGGAUUGUUCCCAUCCGGUGGUCACCGUCAGCAUGGACACGCACUUCGCCAACGAGAAGAUCAACGGUCUGCAAACACUUUACUGCUUACCCCAGCAGGCGUAGGCUGUUCAGCGACAGUGGCCUCUUACAUGUGGGAAGCUCUUGGAAUCCCGGUCUUUAUAGCAAUGGCAUUAAAGUGCUGAUAGAUUUUCAACAAAGACUUCUUUCAACUCUCUACCACGCACUUUUCUCAACUUUUGGAUACUCUUUGCUGUAUUAAAUCUAAAUGAAAAAAACAUUGAGGUGAAAGUAUCGGAAAGUGCAUUUUUAUAUUAUAUUUUACAUUAAUGAUUUUCCCUGACUACUGAGGGCGCUAUUGCUGGGAAUGGACGACCAUGUUCGUUUUAAAUACGUUUUUCAUGAAAGCUGUAAAACCAAGAUUAUUUAGCUCAUAGAAAACAUUCCUGUAAAGGGUUGUUCAUUAGUUUAUUGCUAGGUAUCUACACAGCAACCAAUCAUCAAAGUAAGAUAGUUCAGGCCAGCAACUUUGAAAAAGUACAGCAGGUUGCUUUCACAAAAAAAUGCCAUAUUCUAUUUUCACUGGUUCUUCUUGAAAGAAAGCGAAAC